AUGGUGAAGUGUAAAAAGCUAUAUGGAGAGGAACUUCCACUACUUCUCUCAGAUCCUAUAGUAUUGGAGAUUAAUCAUUUGCAAAACCAGUUCAAAGAAAAAGUUAAGGAGCUAAUAACUUGCCAGAAUGAAAUCAAAGUAUUCAAGGCAACUGAAUCACUCAAGGAUAAGGCCAUGGAACAGUUGAGAAAUGAAGCUAGUAAACUUGAUGAGAGAUUUAGAGUUACAGAAGAUCAUCUUAAGCAAAAGAAUCUAGAAAUUAAGAAACUGAGAGAUGAAAAGAAAGAAGCAUUGGCUGCACAAUAUGCAGCAGAAGCAACACUUAGAAGGGUACAUGCAAAUCAAAAGAAUGAAGAUUAUGUUCCAAUAGAUAGUAGUUUCAUUGCUACGGGCGCAACGGCUAACAUUGUUCGCGAUUACCAAAGACAGAUUUCCGAAUUGCAAGAUGAGAAAAGAACACUGGAUAGGGAACUAGCAAGAGUAAAAGUUUCGGCUAAUAGGAUUGCAAAUGUCAUGACUAAUGAGUGGAAGGAUGAAAGUCAUAAGGUCAUGCCUCUUAGGCAAUGGAAAGAAGAGAAAAGAAUUAUGCAGGCAGAGAUGCAACGGUUGAAAGAUAAGCUAGCUAUAUCAGAGAGAAGAGCUAAGGCGGAGUCACAACAGAAGGAAAAACUAAAAGUGAGGCUAAAAGCACUUGAGGAAGAAAGCAUGUUGAACACAGACAUGAGUUUAAAUCACUUCAAUAAUAAAAGUGAAGUAGCAGAAAAUGAAACCAUUGUUGAUUUGGAUGAAGAAGACUUCCAAAGCAAGAAACCUAAUGAUUCAGGUAGUGACGAUUUUGUUUCAGGUUUUCUAUAUGAUAGGCUGCAAAAAGAGGUCAUCAAAUUGAGGAAGUCUUGUGAAACCAAAGAUAUUAGUUUGCAAGAUAAAGAUGAAGAAAUUAAGAUGUUGAGGAAGAAAGUUGACGCUCUGACUAAGGCCAUGGAAGUGGAGUGGAAGAAAAUGAAAAGAGAAGCAGCUGCUAGAGAAAAGGAGAUUUCAUCAAUAAAGUCACCGGAUGAUAACAGGAAAAACAGAAAUAGAAACUCCUCCAAAAUGGCCAUGAAAGAACGUUGA